ACUCGGGCAGAUACUGCAGCGCAUGCUUUUACAUUUUUGGCGAAUUAAUUGACAUAUGCAUCAACUGCAUUAUUCGUUUCAUUACAGACGACAGGGCUUUUAUCGUGUAGUACCUUUCUGGAAGAGAAACCAAUACUGUUUUUAUUCCACGUGUUUUGCUCAGUUUAGUUGAGAGCUUCUAGUAGCAGGGAUGCUGUGCCAGCAGAUGUGUGUAACCACAGCUGGCUGCUUUACAAGGGUGGUGGGGCUAAAAGGACCAGCUUUCCGCGCCUUCUGUGAAGAAAUUGGAGAAAUACGUUCUUGGUAGAGUCUGUGGAGGGAAUCUGUGUGGAAAUUGUGCUAGUGUCAGCGGCGGAGAACAUUUUAGGGGUAGCUUGGAGUGGACCACAGGACAACCCUUUCUCUCCACCCAAACUGCGAAUACUUGCAUUUGGAAGUGUGGAUGUAAAUGGUGAAAAAAAUACUUCUGGCUGCAAUUUACUUUGUUUAUGAUCGGAUGGAUUUUGUGGACUGAAAAGAAAUAACUAAGUAUUAAGUUGUUUGUAUGAGAAGGAGAACGGGAAAAGAACCGCUCAUUGCAUUAUGAGGAAAGGCACAUGGAAGCACUAAUGAUGCAGAGAUGAAGGCAUUACAUCUGUGGAUGAAGCCACGGUUUAAGAGGAGGUCUGAGGAAGUGCACUGUUUCCUGUUAUGCUUGACUCUGGUGACGAUCAUUCAUUUUCCUAUGCUGUCUAAAGCUUGCAUCAUAUCUGGCAUCCAGUCCCAUGAACUUGGCAAACCAGCUGGAAAGCUCAUUAAACCUGGGUACCUUUGUAGGAAUUACUCAGACUUCAUUUACAGACGGCCUUGGAAUAAUAACCACAAACUCUGUAAAUCCUAUCCAUUUGACAGUAAGGACUCAGGACAUCAUCUGAAUAAAUGGUGUCACAUUCAUAAGACAAACACACUGAGUAAAAGAAAAGGAUUGUAUGAAGCCAAGAAUCUUCACAGGGAACAGAACAGAAAUUCUGAUGUGAUUUGCAACCAUACAGCAAACAGUCACACUCCUGAUGUGAUUUGCAACCAUACAGCACACAGUCACACUCCUUUAUCUUCUUCAUUCAACAGGAAAGGCCGAUCAUCUACCCAUAAAGCAGCUUUUAAUCUAUACUCACCUGUUAAUAUCUACAAACUGGAUCAAAAGCUCGAGCCUACUUUGGUUCACAAAAAAUACUUAGAUUAUUGUCAACUCAGUUUAGGUCUGCAGCAGCCAAAGUGCAUUCCAGAUGUGCAGGACACUGCAGGUACAGAGAGAAAUGCCACAAAAUAUUCACAGUCUGAGCAAAACUCACUUGUCAGACUAAUGGGUACUACUACUAAAACUACAGCACAGGAAAUAAAAACUAUAAAAUCUGACAUUCCCCUGCUGGCUUUUAAAAAAUGGAGCUGGACUUCAGCAGAUAUAGUUAAGUUACAAAAAUCUCCAUGGUGUGAGAAAUUCUAUUAUGAGGAGGACAGUCUAUCACACUUAAUGGACCACUUCACAUCUGGUGCAGAGCAUCUCCCAUGGCUAAGUCCUGGUGAUCUACAUAAAAUGAAACUACUGGCCAGUGGCACGGUGAUUGGCAAAAGUACUGUUCCUGGUCAUGGACAGGUUCUAAAAGUGGGACUGGAUAUAACUGGAGGAAAUCUGACUGGCAGCCUGGACAAAUGUUGUCAAGAUGGCUUUUGUGGUCUAAUCAAACGUCCUACAGACUUGUAUGAGGUAAUAGCUUUCCACUUAGACAGAGUGUUGGGGAUUAACCGGAGCCUUCCUGCAGUGGCUCGGAAAUUCUACAGUGACUUACUUCCUUAUAGAUAUACUAGGAGUGGGGCCAGGCCCAUCAUCUGGUGGACCCCAGAUAUCCUGCACUUAGAAGAUGCUGGAAAUGACCAGAACUCUUUUGCGGUUAACUGGAAUCAGUAUCAGGGCAUGUUGCUGCAGCAGUGUGACAUGGGAGACAAUAAGCCCUCUCACAUAUCAUCCCCUUGUCUGGUCAAGACAUUAGAAUGGAGCAAACUUGCACUUUUUGAUUUUCUUCUUCAGAUUCAUGAUCGUCUGGAUCGUUACUGUUGUGGAUUUAAACCUGAUCCCUUGCACUCUUGUGUGGUUGAUGGGCUCCAUGAAAAGUGUGGGAACCCCAAAGAGCUGGUGCUUGUACAUAUUCUGGUAAGAAAAAGCAAACCCACACAGCUGGUAUUCAUUGAUAAUGCUGGUCAACCAUUCCAACCUGAAGACAACCUCAAUUUUCGACUUCUGGAAGGAAUUAAAGAGUUUCCAGAGAGCAUACUGACCAUGCUGAAAUCUGGCUGUUUACAGAAUAUGCUCCUCCAUUCCCUGUAUAUAGAUAAGGAAUUAUGGGAAGUCAUGGGUGGACUUCAAGGACUAAAACCAAUGCUGCACAACAUAGACAGAAGGGGAGAGAUCCUACUGGAGUAUAUAAACAAACAUAACUUCCCCAUUGUCAAAGAUGAUCCCAACUAAAAGUAAAAAGAAACAUUACAUUUGGAACUACCUAGCAAGUUUGACUGGCAGAAACCUUACAAUGAAAUACAUGCUGCUGACAGAAGUCAUAAAAGCUGGAGGCUGAAAUUUCAUAUCUCUCUGCAAUUUCUCAAGUACUGUAUGACUCUGAAAAAUAACUUGUCAUGUUUAAAUAGGUACCACUUGUUACAAACAAAAUAAAAAGUAAAUGUGU